AUGGAGUCCGCUCUUCUCCAUUUCCCCGCAGAUAACGAUGUGACCCGAGACCCCCGCUUAUGGACCAUGAACCGAGAGGCUUUCGUUAGUCUGCUCGAUGAAGGCGAGUCACUAUUUGUCAAUUUAAUCAAAGCUUUCUGCCAGCGAAGAUCCCUAUGGGGGAUCGGGCCUUCCAUGCUGGCUGUGUUGGGCGAAAUCCCAGGUACUGGGGCCGAGUAA